GUAGGAAUAAAGAAAAAAACGAAUACUUAUAAAAAAAAAAGAAAAUGGGAGUGGUUAUCAUCGACGGUUCGACGGUGCGCACCUUCGUCGACGACGCGGCGCAGUUCGAGAAGAGCGCCGGCGAGGCCUUCGCCGCCCUGGACCUCAACAACGACGGCGUCCUCUCCAGAUCGGAGCUCCGGCGAGCCUUCGAGUCGCUGAGGCUAAUCGAGUCUCAUUUCGGACUCGACAUCGCCACGCCGCCGGAGGAACUCACGAAGCUCUACGACUCAAUCUUCGAGAAAUUCGACUGCGACAAGAGCGGGACGGUCGACCGGAAAGAGUUCGACGACGAGCUCCGGAACAUCCUCCUUGCCAUCGCCGACGGAUUGGGGUCGAAUCCGAUACAGAUGGCUCUCGAAGACGACGACCAGAGCUUCCUCAAGCAGGCCGCCGACUUCGAAGCCUCUAAGCUUUCUUCUCCGAAUCCGAAACCCUAAUCCCCAAAUUUUCAGAUCUGAUUUGAUCAGAUUUUGAUCCGACGGCUACAGUUCGUCGGUGGUUAUUGGUGUUGAUUUGCUUUUUGUAUUGUGUUAUGUAUUAUGAUUAUGUCCUGUAAUUGUAAUCAAUAAAUCAAUGAUGAAUCAAUCAUCAAAUGAAAACAAAAAAAAAGACUUAUCUUUAA